AUGUAUACAGCUGUCUUACAAAGAUCUGUCACACUAACAGGUGUUAGUCGAGGUCGUCACAUUUCAUGUGUUACGUCUAACCUAGUCUGGGCCAGUGACAGAGACAAUCUCAUCUUGACAGACACAGCAGGCAAAACGCGAUGUCGGUUGACAGAUAUUUACAGUGGCGAUGGAGUACACUCAGUAAUGGGGGAUGGGCAACUUAUCUAUAUAGAUAGGGAUUACAAUAUCAAUGUAUUGUCUAGAGACAACAAAACAAAGACAACUCUGAUAAGUAAAUCAGAACCAUGGAGACCACACUGUGUUUUCUGUUCCCCCUUCAGUGGGGAUUUGCUAGUUGGGAACGGAAUUUAUGAUACAAACAAAGGUCGCUAUACAGAAGCCAAAGUAACGAAAUACAGCAGCUCAGGACAAGAACUCCAAACUAUCCAACAUGACAAAACAGGCCAGAAACUCUAUAGCGAACCCCUGUACAUUACGGAAAACCGUAACAGAGAUGUCAUUGUGUCUGACUACUUGCAAGGUGUAGUCGUCACUGACAGUCGAGGAAAUCAUCGCUUUUCCUACACAGGCGCCCCAUCAAAAUCACGACUAUGGCCACGUGGAAUAUGCACCGACGCACUUUCACACAUACUAGUAUGUGAUCCAUUUAAUAACGCAGUGCAAAUAAUUGACAAAAACGGACACUUUUUGUCCCUGUUGCUGACAGAAGGGGAAGGGAUAAAUAGACCAAGAAGCCUUAGCUAUGAUGAGAAGACUCAGACUCUCUGGAUUGGAUCACGGGACACCAAUAUACUGUCUGUGUUUAAAUAUAGCAGCUUGGGUUACCUUUCAGAUCCAAGCAAUGCAGAAUUAGAUAAGGGUAAAUAUAUCCACAACCUAAAGAAAUUUCUAAAGAAAGGAAAUACAACCAUUUCCCAUGCACGAGGUAUUCUUGUUGGGUGCGCUGAAGCAGGGAAAACAACACUUCUGAGACGAUUACGAGGACUUCCUCAGGAUGAUGUUGAGGAUACCGAACCAACCAGGGGACUGGAAGCCCAUCAGCAUGUAUUUACAGUUAGAAAUGAAGUUCUAGAAGCUGGCGAGGACAAGCCAAAACAUGCAUUAAUCAAGGUAACCAUUUCCGACUUGAAACAAGACCCGAGCAGUGAAGAUGAUGUCCCAAACUCUGGUAUAAAUACAAGUGAUCCGAAAAAUGCCAAAACAGACGAAAUGGUUUUUAAAAAGAAAGAAGAGACAAAAACUUGCAACGUACCCAUUCGGAAACAAAAGGAGAAAGAAAGAGAAUUUCAGCCCAGUUGCUCAGAAGCAAGUGCAACGGAAAAAGAUACAUUUUAUCUUAAAGUAUUAUAUGAAAAAGAGAGAUUACCAACAGUUAGUAUGUUUGAUUUUGCUGGACAAUUGGCAUAUUAUGCCUGUCACCAGAUUUAUAUUACACCAAAUGCAUUCUUUAUUCUUGUGUUGGACUUGACUCAAAGGUUUGAAGAUGUUGUCAGCACAGAGAAAAACAACCAAGAAGGUUCCAUCUUCUCAUCAUGGACCUACAAAGACUAUGUAAAGUUUUGGAUAGCCUCCAUUAAGACGUUUGGAAGUACCAAAGCUCCAGUGUUUGUAAUAGCUACACACACUGAAGGAAAAUCCGAAGAGGAAAUUCAAAAGUACUUUGAAGAAUUCUGGAAAUUAGUGCCAGAGGAAGACGAAGAAUGGUUCAGCAAGUCUUUGGAUGAUCGUGAAUAUGCCGUGGGUCUUCUUGAGCUAAACAGAAAGAGUCAAGAAAUCUUAGAGUUAAUUAAAAAGUCUUUAGUGAAAGUGGUGACACACAUCAUCAACACAAAAAUUGAAGUACCUUCUUCUUGGGCCUUGUUAGAACAGUUAUUGAAGGAUGGAGAGAGGAAAGCUAUGUCCCGCGGUGAAAUUUGGGAUAUUAAUACAUCACUUCCUGUUGAAUACCAACUCAAAAGUGAAGGGGAGGUGUCAAAUUUUUUAAAGUGUUUCCAUCACAACGGUCUUCUCUUAUAUUUUGAAGAGGAGAGAUUAAGAGAGCAUGUUAUACUGGAUAUUCAGUGGUUUGCUAAUGCAUUUAACAAACUAAUUGCUGACAAAAAUCACAUUAACAAAGACUGUAAAAGAAAGAAUUUCAAAGAGUGGAUGUCAUUCAAUAGAACAGGGAAACUUAAAGAAAAAUUAGUAGAUUCUCUGUGGAAAGACGAACCAUCGUAUCUGGAUCACAAAACUGAACUUAUGUGUUACAUGGAAAAGCUUCAAAUGCUUGUUCCUUUUCAUUCCGUGGGAACUUUUCCAGCUGGGAUGUUGUGGUAUGUUCCAUGUAUGAAUAAAAAGUCAUUUAAACCAGACAUUUGCAAAGAAAACUGGGAAUAUUCAUCAAUAUUGUGUUUUCGAUUUAAUUCUUUUGCCAUGUUUGUGUUCUACAGACUGAUUGCUUAUUGUAUGGGAUGCCUGAAAUGGAGUGUUUCAUUAGAUGAAGACAAAGAAAGCAGUCAAUGUCUUUUCCAGACGGCAGCGAUUUUUGAUCACAAAGAACAUACUGUUGUUGUUGGUAUAUGUAAUGACGAUAUACAGUUGCAAGUGAUGCGAAUAAAACCUUUGGUUAUUGAUACCGAUAUUUCAACUGAAAUUGGAGAUAUAAUUGAAACUGCUUUAAAAAAACUGACAAAAAUAAUUCAUGAAGAAAAAAGAUUUCUGAAGGGAUACAAAUGUCAAAACAUAAUAUGCAAUGAGGAGGAUACAUCUUUCACUCUCUCCAGUGAGCUUCUCAAGGUCAGGACUGGCGAAACACAAUGCAAAUGCUGUCGUUUUCCCGGUAGACAUGCAAUAAACAUUCAAAGAACCCUUGGAUUUUGGGAAAAGAGAUUGGUAUUAAAGGCUGAAGGCAUAAAAAGGCGGUUAAGCGACAAGGAUUCACAGACAGGAAAGAAAUUACCAAAAACAGCACCGGCCUAUCCCUUCUCCAAAGGAACGUUGCAGAGAGAUAUUCUAUCAAGUCACAUUAAAGUAGAGGUUAGCAGAAGUGUAGGGCUCAUUCACAUUGACGGACAACCAGCAGGGACAGGUUUUCGUGUGGGUCACAAAUAUAUCAUGACAUGUCAGCAUGUCGUACAAAGGAUUAUUACAGGUGCGCCACAUUUCAUCGACUGUGACCGAGUCUACAUACAAUUUGAGAAAAAACUGCAUCUCCAAAACGUUGAACAACAUAAUAUACUGCAUUUUGAACCAACAUUGAAUUAUUUGCAUGAAAGUUUUGAUGUUGCUGUCUUGGAGUUGAAGACUGAUCAAGACCAGGUUCCUCCACCUUUAACUUCUUUCAGCCACAUGCAGUUUCCCUCCGAAGUUCAUCUCAUCGGCCAUCCCGGUGGCGUACAGAUGAAGGAAGACAGUGAAGUUUAUCCAUGUGUUAUUGAACCAAACAACGAUGCUGAAAACUACAUUAAAGAUUUGAGUGAAUGGAGUGUGAAUUAUUUUCCUGACGGAGUUGAUUACUACCAAGAAUUGCGAGAUCCCCCCAGGAAAAUUCUUUUCCACACAACCUUUGACAAAGGGUCAUCUGGAUCUCCCGGCGUUGUCAUUAAGAAUCACAAAUACUGUGUUGUUCUCAUUGUUAGAGGUGGUACCCCAGCAUGUUUUUACGAGAAUAAAUUUCCUAGUCUUAACGUUGAAGACCGCAAGAGAGUCGAGUAUGGAUAUGCCAUGGAAGAUAUUUUCAAAGAAAUGUUUUUUUCUUCAAAUCAACGCAUCAAAGAUUUAGCAUCAGACAUAUUUAGAGAAUGGGUAUAGAUAUAUAAUGGGUAAAUUAAGAAAAUAUAUCACAUUGAACAAUGUUUAUUUUAGAAUUUUUCAUUUCAGAAAUUCUUUUAAAAAGAACUUUAGAAUUCAUUCGCAAUAUUCAUAUAUUCCAACAUCUUGAAUAA